UUGACGUUGUUGGGACAUGGGUGUCCGUCGCGCGACAACUCCAAAGUUUUCCCCAUACUCAUACACUCACCAGCUUGUCCCUCAAUCCUCAAUCCUCAAUCCUCAAUCAAUCCUCAAUCCUCAAUCCUCAAUCCUCAAUCCUCACUCCCAGUCUCUCUCUCUGUCUCCUAAUUCCAAAGUCGAUCAUAAACAAUGUCAACUCCUCUCCAAUUCAUCUCCACUUCUCCCGCCACCAAUCUCACCUUCUCCUCCUCCACAAAACUCCUCUUUGCCCCACACUCCAAUCUGGGCAACAUCACACUCCCACUAUCUCUCCUCAAAAAAACAUCCAUCAAAGCAGCCUCAUCGUCGUCGUCGUUGCCACCGUCGAACUCAGCUCUCAUACCAGAAUCGUAUUGUUCUUCUUCGGAUGUGGCUGUAUCGGGUAUUGAUGUAGAUACCGUCACAGAAGCCGAAUUAAAGGAGAAUGGGUUCAGGAGCACAAGACGCACGAAGCUGGUAUGUACAAUUGGGCCAGCCACAUGUGGGUUCGAUGAGCUGGAGGCUCUUGCUGUUGGUGGGAUGAAUGUGGCAAGGAUCAAUAUGUGUCACGGCACGCGAGAAUGGCAUAAAUGUGUUAUUGACAGGGUCAGGAAGCUUAAUGAGGAUAAGGGUUUUGCUGUUGCAAUUAUGAUGGAUACCCAAGGUAGUGAGAUUCAUAUGGGUGAUCUUGGUGGCGAAUCGUCUGUCAAAGCUGAGGAUGGAGAGAUCUGGACUUUUACCGUCCGAAAUUUUGAUGCCCCACGGCCCCAACGCACCAUUACAGUGAAUUAUGAUGGCUUUGCCGAGGAUAUGAGGGUUGGGGAUGAGGUUGUUAUAGAUGGGGGAAUGGUAAGGUUCGAGGUCAUUGAGAAGAUCGGUCCCGAUGUGAAGUGUUUAUGUACAGACUCGGGAUUAUUGCUCCCACGAGCUAACCUGACUUUCUGGCGGGAGGGGAAAGUCGUACGUGAACGCAAUGCCAUGCUUCCAACAAUAUCUGCCAAGGAUUGGUUGGACAUUGAUUUUGGAAUCGCAGAGGGUGUUGAUUUCAUUGCAAUAUCGUUUGUCAAGUCUGCUGAAGUAAUCAAUCACUUGAAAAGCUAUAUUGCAGCGCGUUCUCGGGAAAGUGAUGUUGCUCUCAUUGCAAAGAUAGAAAGCAUUGACUCACUAAAGAAUUUAGAAGAGAUCAUUCAAGCAUCAGAUGGUGCUAUGGUUGCGAGGGGAGAUCUUGGUGCCCAGAUACCUCUUGAGCAAGUUCCCUCAGUCCAACAGAAGAUAGUUCAACUCUGCAGACAUUUAAAUAAGCCUGUUAUAGUUGCUUCUCAGCUAUUAGAGUCAAUGAUUGAGUACCCUACACCUACCAGAGCUGAAGUAGCUGAUGUCUCAGAAGCUGUCAGACAAAGAGCAGAUGCUUUAAUGCUCUCAGGUGAGUCAGCCAUGGGACAAUACCCAGAGAAGUCAUUGGCUGUUUUGAGAAGUGUUAGCCUGAGGAUUGAAAAAUGGUGGAGGGACGAGAAAAGCUAUGAAGUCAUGGAGCUGAAUGGAGUAGCGUCCUCCUUCUACGAUUGCAUCUCAGAAGAAAUAUGUAACUGUGCUACAAAGAUGGCGAAUAAUUUGGAGGUAGAUGCUGUAUUUGUAUACACGAAAACAGGGCAUAUGGCGUCUCUGUUGUCACGUUGCAGACCAGACUGCCCAAUCUUUGCAUUCACCAGCACAACAUCAGUAAGGCGUCGGCUUAACCUUCAGUGGGGUCUAAUACCGUUCCGUUUGAACUUCUCAGAUGAUAUGGAGAGUAAUCUAAACAAAACAUUUUCUUUGCUGAAAGCCAGGGGAAUGAUUAAAACAGGCGACCUUGUUAUUGCUGUUUCUGAUAUGUUGCAGUCCAUCCAAGUCAUGAACGUGCCAUGAUAAUUUACUUGUAUAACCAGGGUAUUGGCGUAAUCUGAGGUUUUGAUUGAUGCUGUUUUGUGGUUCUUUAAAUGUAACUAAUAAGAACACUUUCUUUUACAUUUCUCAUGCUGUUGAUCAGUGGAUGAUUCUUGGUGAUAGAGAUUAUACACUUAUAGGAAUUAUAGCCAUGCCAAUGAAACCCAAGUUUGACAAAUAUUGGGGGUAUUCACGUAAAGAUAGAGAAUUGUGUU